AAAACAAACUGCGCACCGUCGUGUUAUCGUCGUUGUUGCACGAUUUUCACGUGUUUUCAUUCGGUUUAUCGCAAAGUUCUUCGAUUUAUUUUAUCGUUCGUUAGUUUGAAAAGCGUUAAAAAUGAGUGAGUUUAUUGAAAAACGUCGCGAGUUAUCCAUCCAGGAGUAUGAGUUCAUGAAGCACCUGAAACUCCUCACGGACGACGAAAUUCAUGGAAUAAAAAUGAAGCGCUUUCAGCACGAGCACAAAGUGGAACGCAGAGCCAAGGAGCUGCCGGAUUUCAUCAACUACAUCGUUUACGAGAACAAUGUGCUGGAACUGUUGGCCGAACGGCGCAAGAAGCUCCGGGUUUUCAGCGGAAGGCACAACCUGGAAAGUUGCAUCUUCAACCGGAUCAGAACACUGUAUAAGAGAGCUAUGGAUCGGUUCCCGGCCGAGUAUCGUCUGUGGACCCACUAUCUGAGGCACUGCGAGAAGCACAAGCUGGAAACGGAGGGAUCCCGGACGUUGGACAAAAUGCUGAACUACCAUGGAGAUAAGCCGAAGGCGUGGAUUACCGCGGCAAACUGGGAGUACAAACAGAUGAACAGUAUGGACAGGGCAAAGCAUUUUAUGUUCCGGGGUCUGCAGCGGCAUCCGGAAUGUAGAGAGCUCUACUUGAACUUCAUCCAGCUGCAAUUGCAGGAGGUUGACAAAAUUUUGGAAUCGACAGGGGAGGAAGAUCUCGCAACGCUGAUGGAAAAAGACGACUCUCCGCUGAAGCGAACCCUGGAGUGCCUGACGCUUGUGUAUGACCACUAUAAGGCCAAGGACCAGGAUCUGGAAUUUUUCGUUGAGGUUUUGGACAGCUUGAAGCAAAACGACGCGACGAAGAGUUUCGGGUUGACUGUUUUGGAGGACAUGAAAUGUGUGUUUGCCCAGAAGGAACUCAUGUGGCACACUUUGGCCAUGUUGGCACUGCGCGGAUCACAUUUGGUUAAGGCAUCGAGCACAGAAGAAAUGAAAUCCGAGAAUUCCUACAGAGAAAAUCUUGAAGCUUGUGUUCGAGUGUACGAAACCGCGGUAGAAGCACUUCCCACCAAAGCAAUGUGGUCUUACUACAUCGACAAUAUGCUGAAAGUUAACGAAGAUAUGUCGUCUCAUCAGAAACUUCGACGAAAAGUUCUGGGAGUUGCCUUCAAAAACGCUUUCGAAACUGGCUAUCUUCACGAAGAUAAAUACGUUCAGUACCUGAAGCUGUUAAUCCACACCGAUAAACCGCAGGAUGCGUUCAUAAAUGAUGUCUUGAGUAAGGCUCUGGAAGCAUAUCCGGGUUCCGUCAAGCUUUGGGAACUACGACUUGUCUAUCUGGCUCGUAAGCAAGAUUCUUUACAAGAAUUUGAAACCGUAUUUAAACAAUCUUUGGCCAAAUGCAGUGAGGACGUAUUGCCGCUUUGGAUUGCGCGUUUUCAAUAUUAUCACACGCAUGCGGAUCUAUCCGACCGAAUGGAGCAUAUCUUCAAAGAAGCCAUCCAUCAACCCCCAGUCAUUUCCAAGCAUUUCCAACCACUCUACUUGGACUAUCUGACAAUAACGGAAGACAUCAAUGUCGCUCGUAAGCAAUAUCGCCAAAUGCAACGAGAUUGCUGUCCGUGUCUGGAGCUUCACAGCAAAAUGUCCCAGCUGGAGUCCAUACAAGCACAAUCGAACACUGACCAAUGGCGAUUGUGUCACGAAAACGCCACGCAAUACUUUGGCGCGACAAACCCUUCCGCUUGGAUCGAUUACAUCCGGUUCGAAAAGGAGAUGGGCAAUCCCAAGAACAUGCCUAUCGUUUUUGAACGAGCGAAAUCACGCCUGGAUGCCGAUUUGGUUGCAGAAUUUAUCACUCAAUACGAACUGCUGAGGAACCCGCUAGUUUAGAACCUCACAAUUUCAACGUUUAUCUAAUAAAGUUUAUUUCACAAAAAAUAUAA